UCAGGCUUUUCUGGAACAAUCAAUCAGUUAUUAGCUACAGAAACAACUAAUUUUAACCUGUUUAUUUAUUCCAACUGUAUUGUCUGGAUCCCAACACAUGUCACCUAAGUGCAGUAACCCACCUGCUGCGCUGAAAUUGACCAACAGAAACCUUUCGAGAUUGGCUCCUAUUAACUCACUAAACGCUUUGAUUGGCCGCCUUACUGGUGUGGGGAAAGCGCAGCCCUCUUGCCUCUUUUCACUGAGGUUCCUUCAUUGGAUUGACCAGCUGUCAGGUUGAACCCAAACCUGCCUCCUUUUGGUGGUGUUUGUCUGGAUCGCAACACAAUAGCCAGGGGGAGAGCCUCCCCUCGUAAGCUCCGAUUGGCUGAACUCAACCUUGGUGAUUUCUGAUUGGCCCAAUGAAGAAACACCAAGGUAGGUUGCCUAGUUAUCCUGAAGAAGCUGAUGUGUUAUUCCUUCUGUGCAUCGAAGGAUCAGGAAGUUUGUGCUCUCUGCGUGGCUGAGAAGUUUUUCACCUAUUAGGACGGGGGUGGAGUGGGGUGAACAGGUGUCCUCCUAAAAUAGUGCACAAACUGCGACCUGCGUCCAGCCGUAACCUAGGAGGAACAUCAGAAACAGGUGAGAAUGACCACUUUAACUCACCGGGCCCGUCGAACUGAAGUAAGCAAGAACUCUGAAAAGAAGAUGCAAAGUGAGGAAGACACCAAUCAGGAGAGGAGUCUAGACAAUGAAGACUCUGGAGACUCCAAAGAUAUCCGCCUCACCCUUAUGGAGGAAAUAUUACUCCUGGGACUAAAAGAUAAAGAGGGUUAUACAUCUUUCUGGAAUGACUGCAUAUCAUCGGGCCUGAGAGGGGGCAUCCUGAUAGAGCUGGCCAUGAGGGGCAGAAUUUAUCUGGAACCCCCCACCAUGCGUAAGAAGCGACUGCUAGACAGAAAGGUACUGCUAAAGUCAGACAUCCCAACUGGUGACGUUUUACUGGAUGAAACUCUCAAACACAUCAAAGCAACUGAACCCACAGAAACUGUCCAAACAUGGAUAGAGCUACUCACUGGUGAGACCUGGAACCCCUUCAAAUUACAGUAUCAGCUAAGAAAUGUACGAGAGCGAAUUGCAAAGAACCUGGUAGAAAAGGGUAUUCUAACCACUGAGAAGCAAAAUUUCCUACUGUUUGACAUGACUACUCAUCCAGUGACCAAUAUAACAGAGAAACAGCGACUAGUGAAGAAACUUCAAGACAGUGUACUAGAGCGGUGGGUAAAUGACCCUCAGCGUAUGGACAAGCGAACACUAGCACUCCUGGUGCUAGCCCACUCCUCUGAUGUGUUAGAGAAUGUCUUCUCCUCUCUGACAGAUGACAAGUAUGAUGUGGCAAUGAAUCGAGCCAAGGACUUAGUAGAACUGGACCCUGAGGUGGAGGGGACAAAGCACAGUGCCACAGAGAUGAUCUGGGCUGUGCUGGCAGCCUUCAAUAAAUCCUAAAGCCAGCAGGUGGGCUUCUCCUUUUCUCCCCUGCUGGCGGGUGACUAUUAGAGACCCUAUCACUGAGUUUUGUGUGAUGAGAUGUUUUCAUCCUUUUUUCUCUUGAAUCAGGCUUGUGAUCUGGGGAAAGCAACUUCAGGGCUUCUUCUCCAUAGACCUUGAAAUCAAGCAGACUUGAUUUCUUCCUUUAUUUCCACCCCAUAGGUGAAUGAACUGGGUGACCCCACACACAUCCAAUAAACAUAUUCUCCCAUUUCUUGGUUUAGUUUCAUCCAGUUUGCUUUUAGGUAAACAAGAAUAUCUAAGUGGAAUUUGGAGUUCUUCGGCCACAGAAUGUGAUGAAUUAAAGUGCAAACCAUUUAUUAUAUUUUUCUAAGUUUGUUUUCUAUCUUAAAUAUGUUUUCCCAG